CAACCACUCAUCACGGAUCAUAAGUUCAUCAAACAGCUACAGAUCCACACCGAUUUUAGUCACGUGGAGGCAGUACCCACAUCGCCACCAUCAUGCUCAGAACAAUUUUUACCUCCACUCUGGUGGUAAUGGCAGUCGGUUACCAAUACGACCAACCAGAUAAUAAGCUCGACGCACAUCACCUGUCUUAUGGGGAUCGGAUACCGUGGAAGAAGGGACUGUGCAAGAACGAGAUGCAGAUACUGCAGCCUGACUUUCAGGCCGAGAAGUUCUUCUCCGGAUAUUGGUACGAAGAGAAGAGUAUGGGAGCAUUCUUCAGCCACCUCGACAGGAAGUGUAUUACAAUCCACAGUACUUACUUGGGCAACACCAUCAACAUGACAGUUUCUGAAUAUAUUCCUCUAAUAUUUUCAACGGUGUGCCAAAACAUUGUGGUCACACUGGAAGACAUUAAGAGGCCCGUAUUCAACCUUACGAUUCCAUUCAUUGGAAUGACUAUCAUCAAUAUGCCAGUAUCUAUCCUUUCCACGGAUUAUGAUAAUUACGCCUUGGUUUAUUCCUGUUCCCCUUCCCCUCUGGGUCUAGAUGGGUACAUCACAGAAAUGGCUUUCGUCCUGAGAAGAAAGAGGGGAGAUAAGAGCAAUGGUCUCUUUAUCAGAGCAAACGCAUGGAAGAACGGUCUUAAAUACGAAGAGUUCGUCGAUCAAGAUAACACAAGAUGUCCAAAAACUUAAAUGUAUAAUAAAUAUGUUGUUAAAUUGAUAAACUGUA